UCCGGCUCCUGCUAAAGUGACGAGUUGUUUUGCUGGGCUGCGAGCACGAGGAGUCGAGCGAGAAAGAACUUCUCUCAUCAUGUCUGGCGUCGAGGAAAAAGGAGUAAAACGUUCGAAGGGCCAGAAAGGAACGUCAUGCAAAAAGAAAUCAGUCUUGGAGCCUUUCGAAUUGAACCCAGCAUUUGUUAAAUCAACCAAAAUUUUGUCUGAAAAAUGGGAAAAUAAUCAAGACUGUGACAUUGUGACAGACGAAGAAGGAAACGUCUUGGACGAUGGCUCGGAAGCAGGCAAGCCUUCGAAAAUUAAACUGAGCAACUUCCCGUUCAAACACUGCCUGGUGGAGGAUUUCAUCCAGGGUGAGAACUUCCUCAACGACCUGAAGUACGAACUGAGCGACCUGAACUACACCCUGAAGAACAACGACCUCUUCCAGUUCCACCAGUCGGAGGCUUUCGACAACGUGGAGCUGUCGCACGUGGCCGCCCUCAAGAAGAUUCUCUACCACAACCUGAGGCAGUGGCUGGUCGAGGUGACCAAGCUGCCGCUCACUGAUAGGUGUGACACCUUUUGCUCAAGAUAUGAACACACUGACUACCUGUUGUGCCAUGAUGACCGAUGUUCGACGAGGAAGAUCGCUUUCCUUUACUACCUCAACAAAAACUGGAAAGAGGGAGAUGGAGGGACGCUGGACCUGUUCAACUCUGAUGACCAGAAGCAGCCUAAGGAUUUGGUCAAAUCGAUCCAGCCUUCCUGGAAUAGGUUUUUAUUUUUUGAAGUGUCCGAAAAUUCACAUCACCAGGUUUCGGAAUUAGUCAAUCAGGACAAAAUCAGGGUGGCGGUGAGUGGGUGGUUCCACCUGCCGUCGGCUCCAGUCACUGACACGAGUUGUCCGCUGCUUCCUAUCGAAAGAGGCCUACCUGCCAACCUGUCAAGAAUCGCUCUAGACAAGUUCAUCGACCCAAUUUACUUGCGAGAGAGCUACAUUACUUCGAUCCAGCUGCAUUUUGAGAAUAAGUCAGAGGCGCAGUUGCACAAUUUUAUCAUUCAGGAAUGCUAUCAAGACCUUUGUGAGAAACUCCUUGACCCAAGUAUUCAGUGGCAAAUCGUCGGCCCUCCAAAUAUAAGACACUACCAAAGAGCAGACAAGUCGAGUCUUCCUGAGCGGCUGCAACAGUUCCUUGAGUUGCUCCACAGCCAGUCGAUGUUCACGCUGCUGGCCAACAUGACCGGCCUGGACCUGGUGGAGGAGGCCGACCCUGACGUGGAGGAGCAGCCGUCGUGCCACAGCGAGGUGCAGCAGUGGUCCCAGGGCUGCUAUACCCUGCUCGUCUCCCCAGAGCACAUGAACUGCCUUGACGUGCUUGACGUUUACUUCCACUUCAACAGCGAGCUUGUGCCAGAGGACGUCGGCGGCACAAUCAGCUACGUCGAGAACACGAAAAAGGGCUGCAAAGAGGCGCUGAGUUUGAUGCCGGUGGCAAACUCGAUGAGCAUUGUGUACGCCGGGAAGAGCGUCGACCGGACGGUAAAGUACCUGAACAGCAGGUAUGAGUACGGUUUCCACACGUUGCAGCUGCGUUACUAUGUCCUUCAGAAAGCAAAUCAGUUGCUUUCCUCGCCCUCGUCAGACAAUGGCUCUUGUUCCGAUUAAUGGCUUUGCUGUGCCUUGACUAAUAAAACGAUGCGAGUAUCUAUUUUUAAAAUCAAA